AUGCCGCGAUCUUCUGGCUAUACCCCCGCCACUACAGGCACCAGCGACGAUUGUCCUGCCACCGAUGAUACCUUUGCCGAUGAACCGAUUAGCCGAGACUCGUCGGUGAUGACGAGUGUCCGCGACCGCAUGUUGGCUCGGCAUGACAGUCUCUUUUCGGUCACAUCCAACUACGAAGACCCCUCGGCCAACGAUUUGAAUAUCUGGCAGGGCGCUACCCUGUUGACCGCAGAUUGCAUGGGAACAGGGUUGCUGGCUUUGCCCGAGGAUAUCAAGGUGUUGGGCCGGUGGUGGGGAUUGGGCUUUUUGAUUCUCAAUCUCCCCAUUAAUUUUUAUGCGGGUACCAUUCUCUCCGAUGCAGCAGCCUAUGUGGAAAGGACGCAGAACGAAGAAAAUGAAGCCUAUGAAAAACGACAGCUUGAAGUACGACAACUGCAGCAGAUUCAAGAAGAGGAAGAAUUGUCCGCUUCCAGCAAGGAUGGACUUAUGAUGGAUUCACCCAAGAAAAUAGAGGGAAUCGCAGCAAAAAAUACGCCAGUGUGGGACAGACUGAUGAUGAUACCACGGGAGAUACGGCGAGUACUUCCGCUGCAACAUGAUCAUGCCAAAGUUCAUCAUGACACGGCAACCUAUGAUUUCAUUGGAAUGACACAAGCCAUGUUCAGCUCAAGAAGAGCCACGCGUUGGGUCAUGUUCUUGUUCUAUUGCAACAUUUUUCUGGUUCUGGGGGACUACAUUCUGGUCAUGUCUCAUGCUGUGUCUGCCAUGGUUGGAGAGGAAAGGUUAUGCAUACCCCAAGCAGGGAUACUGGCUUCUACGCUCAUGUAUGGUGUGUCGCAGAUUAGGACCAUGGCAAAUUUGGGUCGUGCUGCCAGCAUCAUUUCACUAUCAGCCUUGUUCGUCGUUGUGGGUCAGUGCUUGUGGGCGGUCCACACAAACAAAACCGACGUGUAUGUCGAGGCCUCUCCAGAGGACUUUGAUGAAUCACCGAGCAUGUUGCGAAAGCUGUCGGCAAUGGGAUCCAUUGGUUUUGCCGUGGGAUCUCAAAAGCUCUUCUUGAACAUUCGUCACGAACUAGCAGAACGGAGCAAGGCACCCCAGACUUUGGCUGCUUCACUGUCGGCAUUUGGAAUCGUUUAUGUCGGCAUCAUUUUGCUCGCUGGUAGUGAUCCACCAGGGUUUCUCUUUGAUGCUAUUCCACCAGGAUGGAAUCGGCAAUUAGCAGGAUUUCUCCUAUGGCUUCAUGUCGUGGUAUCCUAUGCCAUCAAUUCACAGGCCAUUUGCGCCUCGAUGGAUCGUCUCUUCUUCAGCAACAUUAGAACGUGCAGCUUGAAUGAGAAACCGAGAAUACGUUGGAUGUGUCUGACUGGUGGCAUGUCCGUGCUGGCCUUUGUGGUAGCCAAUGCGGUUCCUUUCUUCAAGGACCUCGUUGCCUUGAUUGGGGCCAUGACCAGUGUCCCGUUGUCAUUGCUGCUUCCCGCCGUCUAUUUCAGACGUUUCCUGCAAGUUUCCAUAUGGAUUCCAACGAAAGAAACAUUGGGCUCAUAUUCCCUGCUUGUGUACGGUUGUGUCUUCAUGACAUUUGCGUUGGCAGGUGCCAUUAGUUCCAUUGAAAUGGACUGGUCGAAUCAUGGCGGCGUCUUUUCCUGCCAUUAG